UAUUUAUUUAUUUUUUUGUAUAUAUUCUUGCUAGUUGGUAAAGUGGGGUUAAUGGGUCAUGAAGUUGCUCUGUAAUCCCACAAAAGUUGCAUGGAAAUCAGGUGUGGCUGUUGAGAUGAGAUCUCUCUCACAAUGAAAAUAGGAUCCUCUUCAACUAAAUCUCUUUAUUAACUUUUUCUAACCGGUUCUUCGAUCUUUCUGGCGGCUCAGGUUUUGCUCCCAAAUUACUUGUAUUUUUGACCUGCUCUUUUUGCUCUUUUUAACUUUUCACUCUCUAACCCCAAGUUUAUUUUACUAGCUUUGCCCACAUGCUUAUUUGCUUUGUUUUUCCUCUCCAAGCUUCUCUUUUUGUCAUUUUUUGGUUUUCUUAGGUUGAUUUUAAGCAAGUGAUAGAAUUUCAAAAGACUUAAAAUUUUCAUGUAGCUAGUUUGGUAAAAUAUCAUUUGGGUUUUAUUUUAUUUUUUCCAUCCCUUAGAAAUGUACACAACCUAAUUGCAAAAAAAUUUCUUGGAAUGGAUGAUAGAAGUAGUAGUAUAAUGUCUCCUCCAAGUGGAGAAGAACAGGAUCCACAAGCUCUGCCACUGGCAAGACAAGGGUCUUCUUUGUACAAUCUCACAUUGGAUGAGGUCCAGAACCAGCUUGGAAAUUUAGGAAAGCCAUUGAACAGUAUGAAUUUAGAUGAGUUGCUUAAGAAUGUGAUAUCAGUUGAAGAGAUGCAGUUCCUUCAAAACCCGUCUUCGUCUUCAUUGCCCGCGUCUUCAUUCCUUUUAGGUAAUUUCAAUCUCAAUGGAGCAUUGAGCAAGAAAACCGUCGAUGAGGUUUGGAAAGAGAUUGUUCACCAUGAACAUGUCAAUGCAGAGGACAACAACCAGUUGGUGCAGCAGCAAUUGAAUCUUGGUGAGACUACACUAGAGGAUUUUCUACUUCGUGCCAGUGUUGCUAAUUUCGGAACCAAAAAUGGUGCACUCAACUCUCAGCCGAUCAUGGCAGCAAUCGAUCCCAUGGUUGUGGUGUCACAACAGACUGAUUGGCUGCAGUUUCAAAUUGCUGCAGUUCAGCAGCAGCAGAUGACAAUGCUGGACUCGAGCUUUCCGGUUUCUGAAUCAGUGUAUACGAAUUCGGUUGUGGAUGUUGGUUACUCGGACAACCAAGUUGCUAUGUCAAUGUCAAUGCCAACAUCAGCAUUAUCAGCAGCAACGUCUUUGGAUUCUCAGGCUGCAGCAGCCGAGAAGAAGCGUCAGCAUUCGGACGAUGUGAUGGAGAAAACAAUCGAGAGAAGGCAGAAGAGGAUGAUCAAGAACCGUGAGUCUGCUGCCAGAUCAAGGGCGAGGAAGCAGGCUUAUACCAAUCAAUUGGAGCAUGAAGUUUUUCGCUUGAGGAAACUGAAUAGCUGGCUCAAGAAGCAAAAGGAGGUGGAGAUAUUCUUAUCUUCGGAUGAAAAUCUGAUGCCCAAAUACCAACUGCGGCGAACCAGCUCUGCUCCUUUCUAGCAUAUGUUUAUAUAUAUAUUCUUUGCUAGUUUCAUUUAUUCAAUUUAUUUAUCAUCUGUUCAUAUUCUUUUCCUUUAUUCAAUUUUAUUUUAUCAUUUGCCAAAAUUUUGAA